AUGACAGGGUUCAGCAAGGGGGAGAAGAAAGUUGUUACUGAGGAAUUGUUGCGGUACGUGGAUAUGCUUCAUCGCAUCAAAUCGAAAACUACCGGUAACCCAGACCCCGAGGCAGAAGGUCCAGUCAUCCCUCCCUACCGGGUUAUGGCUGCAGAUGAUAGGAAAGACACUUGGCCACGCAAAACAAGUGACAAAGAGGAAUACGUAUUCUGCCACAACGACCUCUCACAAGCAAAUGCCAUCGUUGAUGCGAAGACAUUUCAUGAUCAAAGCGAUCGUGGAUUGGGAGUACGCGGGGUUCUGGCCAGAAUGGUUCGAGAUGCGCAUUUGGAAGAGAGUUGGGCCGAGUGUGGCCCUGGAGAGGUUUGGGGAGAGGGAUGA